AUGAGGUGUCGCUGGGCUUGGCGCCUCUUGCGCUCUGAUGGCAGCGGGGGCCGCUGGGUUUCAACUCCGCGCGGGCGUUUCUCGCCGGCCCUGUGGAGAGAUUUCUUGACCACCACAAGCAAGGAAGGAUAUGAUAGGAGGCCAGUGGACAUAACUUCUUUAGAACAAAGGAAAUUAACUUUUGAUACCCAUUCAUUGGUUCGGGAUUCAGAAACUCGUGGUUUUGACAAAGCACAAGCGGAAACAAUUGUAUCAGCAUUAACCACUUCAUCUAAUGUCAGCCUGGAUACUAUCUAUAUGGAGAUGGUCACGCAGGCGCAACAGGAAAUAACAGUUCAACAGCUGAUGGCUCAUUUGGAUUCUAUCGGAAAAGAUAUGGUCAUCCUAGAAAAAAGUGAAUUUGCAAAUCUGAGAGCAGAGAAUGAGAAAAUGAAAAUUGAAUUAGACCAAGUUAAACAACUGAUACAGGAAACCAGCUUAAUCACAGCAGGUAAUAAACUGGACAUCAACCUAGAAAGAAGCAGAGUAACAGAUAUGUUUACAGAUCAAGAAAAACAACUUAUGGAAGCAACCACAGAAUUUACCAGACAGGAUACCCAAACCAAAAAUGUUAUUUCAGAGACCAGUAAUAAAAUUGAUACUGAAAUUGCUUCCUUAAAAACACUGAUGGAGUCUAACAAACUUGAGACAAUUCGCUAUCUUGCAGCCUCAGUGUUUACUUGCUUGACAAUAGCUUUGGGAUUUUAUAGAUUCUGAAAGUACUACUAAUGCUGCUACCACUGCUGCUAAUGACUUCUUAGAA